AUGCUGCCAGAGCAAUUUGGAGUUCACGUUCAUAUAUUAAAAUAGAAAACCCUGAGAAGCAAAUUGCAGCAUGUUCCCCGCUGGCGUGCGGCGGAGAAAACAAAGCAUUCAGCGUGACGUACGGCUUCUCCGUCUACUCAAUAAUAUCUUGACCAGCAGGAUACAAAGGGGGAACAAGAACGAUGCCGUUCGCGAGGGGGAAGACGGCAGGUACGAGACGCCCUCAGCCUAUGAGCUGCAACGGCUGAUGUGGAAACACAGCGGGACCAGCGCACACCUGAACGAGGUCAGGCCCAGGAUAUACAUUGGAGACAUGUGGGCAGCCAAAGACAAACAGACUCUCCAGUCUCAUCACAUCACUCAUGUGCUGAAUGCGGCUGACGGGAAGUUCAACGUCUGCACGGGGGCAAGUUUUUACCGAGACACGGGUAUCGCCUACUUCGGCGUGGAGGCUUUCGACAUGCCUUCCUUCGAUAUGAGCCCCUUUUUCUACUCCGCAGCUAAAUUCAUGAAGGAUGCCAUGAGCAAUCCGACAGCCAGGGUCUUUGUCCACUGUGCCAUGGGCCUGAGUCGCUCUUCCACACUGGUGCUGGCGUACCUGAUGAUUCAUGAGCACAUGACCUUGGCGGAGGCCAUCACAGCCGUCAGCGAACACAGAAACAUCUGCCCCAAUUCCGGCUUCCUGGAGCAGCUUCGCAAGCUCGACCAGCAGUUACACUGCCUGGGGAAAUGAACUCUCUCUGAGAAAUGAUUAAGCGCUCGCCAGUUAAAGGCUAAUUUGUUGUCCCGGACAGUACGAAAUGCAUUAUAAAUAAAUCUGAAAUAAAGGGAUCCCAACUCAGGAAUACGAAAAGGCGUUCAUCCCCCCAUCUUUGAAUGGCUAAGAAUGGGUGGUUGCUAGCUAAUUUAUUUUGUGCCUUGUCAGUAGUUUCGUAGAUUCUGGGUUAAUUGCCGAAAAGGGAAAUGAAAAUAGCUGCAGUUUCCUUUUCCUCAGCUAUCACCUUACUCACACACUGGCUGUCAUUUCAUUUUAACCCACUGGACAAAUAAAGAACGAAAUGCUUUCCAGUUGUCCCGGUUUGUGAGGCAAUUAGGGCGUUAACCUCUGUGCUGAAUGACAUAGAUACAUAAUGAUGGCUCGAUUUUUUUACAAAGGUGAGGUGCUUAGCUAGAUAUUGUUCAAAGAUAUCUUCUGUUUUGGUUGAUCUCUUUUAACAAGCUAGUUGUCAACUCAUAACUUUAUUCAUUCUGGCACAUCAAGAUUGUUAAAUGUAUUUCAUCCCGAUAAUGUUAUGUAACCGGAAAUUAAAUGAGAAGCGCUCUCCGGCAAGCUCAAACCUGUCGUGGGUGGUUUCGGUGUUUUUUUUUUUUUCGGUCAGUUUUCUUUUGUUGCUUUGUUCUGUUAGUAGUACGCCCUGGAGGAGAAAGCCUUUUUGUAAAGACUUGUAGCUGUCAGUUAUUUCUAAAGGCUGAAAUUGCAACAAUGAUGCACUUGGCCUCCCUGAGCCAUUAGCUUCUCCUGUCGUAGAAAGACGAUGCUCGGGUCUCACUGUGCUAAUGGUGUUUUUUUUGCCAUGACAGCUUUUGUUUUCCUUUCUUGGUUUCUUGAAGUGUAAACCCGCAUUUACAUCAGUCCAUAAAACAUCUUUUCAUUAA